CCCACUGACACGUUACACAGUAAGGAAAUGGCCUUUUGCUCAUUUUUAUUCUUUUUCUAGGACACGUUUACUAUCUUUUUAAAGUCCGUUUCGAUCGCGCGUCGAUAAUCCAAGCGUCGCGUGUAUCUCGGUAUAACCGUAUAGAUUAACGGUGUGGCCGCCGGUGGGUCAGGGUGACUGGUCAUCAUCGUUAACUAAUGAAUGAACUCGACACUUCAGCCACCACAAACUAUUAAACACUGUUAGUUGAUGUAAAUGAACGUAUUUGCGAGAAUAUCGAGGCGGAAUCGUUUCGUAUCGUUUAUACAUUUUCCCGUAUAGGUCGCUGUCGGUCUCUCGCGGUAUAAAGCUCGAAUACACGCGCUAUAGGGGUUAAAUAAAAUCAAAUUAUUAUAUAAACCGUCAUGGAUUAUAUAAAUGCAGCCAGAUCAGUCGAAGAUCGUCUGUUGAGCUACAGAAAAGACGAAUCCGGAUGGAAAAUAUGUAAGAAAAAUAAUGAUGUUGUGGUGUCUUGGAGACCUUCUUGUGAAUUUUCAGGAUAUGUGUAUAAGGGGGAGGGGCUUGUCAAUGCCAGUCCAGAGAAAGUGUGGGACUGUUUGAAACCUGAAAUCAAUGGAUUUCGAGUCAAAUGGGACGCUAAUCUGAAAAAGUUUGAGCUGGUUGAGCAGGUGUCUACGGACGUUAUGAUCUGCCGAACAGUCACUCCGUCGGCUGCCAUGGGUAUUAUAUCACCUCGAGAUUUUGUCGAUGUUGUUUCCGUCAAGCACCAUGAGGAUGGCACCGUGUCAUCAAACGCUACCAACGUAAACCAUCCCAACUGUCCUCCGCAGUCAGGCUACGUCAGGGGCUUCAAUCACCCAUGUGGCUGUUUUUGUGUUCCAGUUCCUGGGGAACCUGGGAAAACGCAGCUGUUCAGUUUCUUUCAGACUGAUCUCGGGGGUUUGCUCCCUCGCUCGGUUGUCGAUUCAUUUUUCCCCACCAGUAUGGUGGACUUUUACAACAACCUGAGCAAAGCUACAAAAACGCUCAAAUAACACCAGUGGCACUUUGGAGUGAGUGUUCUCCGUUAAUCACAAAUACAAACAUUUUAAUGCACUUAAUCAUGCUUUAGUAAGAGGAGAAAUGACCUUUAGAUAUAUUCUUGAUUCUUCCAGUAGUCUACAUGCGACCAAACAUACUUUGACAGUGUAACAUGCUGUUUGACGUGAAUAAUGAAACCUAGAGAUUCAUAUGAAAACAAAAAAAUAUUCUAGGGUUUGCCACCCUUAAAGUUUAGUUUCUGUCAUCAUUCAGACCUGUGUAGUGAUAACAGCUAUUGCACCAGAAGUGUGCCUGUGAUGCUGACUAUAUAGGCAGCACACUAUUUUUUUAGCAAAGAGCCGGUAUUUCUAAGGCCGUUUCUAGAGUUUCAGUUACAUUCCUGUAAGUCAUUGUCUUUUAAUAUCAAAACUACUUGUUAGAUGCUCAGUUUACAUUUACAUUACAUUACGUCAUUAAGCAGAUGCUUCUAUCCAAAGCGACUUACAGAUGAUGGAAACAAUUGAAGCAAUUGGAACAACAUAAGGACAACAAAAGACUGUCAAGACUGACUGUAUAGGCUGAAACAAUGCUUCGGAAAUGAAUUAAGAAUGAACAAACUCCUGAAUUUGAGAUGAAUUGUAAUUAUAAUUUGUUAUAAAGAAUGCUGAAUCAUAAUUUAAAGUAGAAAUCAAAUUCAUUUGAAAUAAAAACCACUGCUUAUAAACUA